UCACGAACUUCCUUAGAUACCAACAGCUAUGGCGGACAAAACAGAGACGCCAUCAGCUCUGACAGAUGCAGGAGGGACAGAUGUUAAAGAUCCCAAAGUGAUUAAUAUGGAUGCUGUCAGUGUUGAUCAGUCCAAAGUGCCAACAGAUUCAGAUCUUGAUGCACUUCUCCGGGACAAGGAGCUAAUGAUUGAUCCCUACAAUGAGGAUGAGACAGAAUUAAGAUUUCUGCACUCCAAACCAACUUGCUUUAUCAUAAUUGGAAAGCCGGGCUCAGGGAAAACAAGUCUGGCCAGAAGACUUGCCUCAGAGUGGAAAUGCGAAUUAAUAAAUCCCACUGAUCUGAUCAACCAACAAAUACACAUGAUGACAGAAACAGGAAACAAAUGCCAGGAGAUUCUUGUCAGAGGAGAGGCUAUUCCAGAGGAUAUGGUGAUAAAGAUGAUUGAAGAAAAAGUUAACUCACAGGAGGUGACCCACCAUGGUUAUGUGCUUGAUGACUUCCCCUGUCUGUCUGAGGAGAACCUCUCAAUACAAGAUCAAAUAGAACUCGUCAAGAACUGGAAACUUAAGCCUGAUUUUAUCAUUAACAUCAAGAUACCAGAUCAAGAUUUGGAAAAGAGGAGGAUCGGCCAGAAAGUGGACCCCUUGACUGGGGAAAUAUUUACUGAAGAAGUCUACAACCCAGAAAAACCUGUCAAAGAGUUAGAAACUGUCAAAGAAAUUAAGGAAGAAGGAGAAGAAGAGGGUGAGGAAGAGGAAGAAGAGGAUGCCGAGGAAGCAACACCUGAGGAUGGAGACUUUGCAGAACUUCCUCCAGAUGUGCUUGAGAGACUUCUACGUCGCCCUGAGGAUUUGGAGGAGCAAGCUGUAGGGAACAUUGCCAAAUACAAAAAUAAAAUGCUGCGGCUUCUAGAGGAUUAUAUGGCAGAUCACGAUCAGCAAUAUUUAAUUGAGUUGGAUGGAAAUCAAACAGUCCCUACUCUCUUCAGGCAACUGAUGUCUCGCUUGAACUGUUUUGUCCUGAGGCCAGCAGCCGUUCCGAUCCGGUUACAGGACCCGGAGGAUGAGGAAAUCCCGGAGGAGAUUGAGACAGAUGAAUUAAUGAGGUCACUGGCCCCUAAACAAAUGGUGGCUCCCAGAUUCAGAUGGAGAAGGAGCCGCUGGCUAAGGAACUGUCCAGUGGCAUUAUAUGAAGGGGACAUUACUCCUGGAAAACCAGAAUUUGCCGUCAGCUUUUUGGACAAGAUCUACGUUUUAUCAAGUGCUGAGGCUAUGGAGAAAUUUUUGAAGAAUCCUCGCCCCUAUUUGAUGGCCCCACAGCCCCGCCCACCCUGUAAACUGGCCAUACUGGGAGCCCCUCUGGCUGGUAAAACCACCCUGGCUCACCUGCUGGCUCAGAAAUAUGGUGCUAAGGUGUUGGAUAUGGAUGUGUUGAUAAAACCAAAGAUGGAGGAGGAGAAGCAGAAAUACUUAGCAGAGCAGAAGAAGGAAGCCACAGAGAAUGCUAUUUCAACUGUCAAGAUGAAGAUCAAAGAAAAAAUGGAGGCUGAGCAGGCAGCUAGGGAGGCUGAAGAGGCUGCUGCGGCGGAAUUGGCCGCCCAACAGGCGGAGGAGGAAGCUGAAGAAGAUGAGGAAGGCAAAAGUGGUGACGAGAAAGAGGAAGAUCCCAGUGCUACUGACACAAGCGUGGCUAAAGAGGGCGAGGAAAAAAGCGAAGAAUCGCCAAAGGAGGAAACAAAGCCAGAGGAAGGGGAGGAGACUAAGGAGGUCAAAGACACUGAGGAGGAGGAUAAGCCAGCUGAGGAGGGCGGUGAGGAGAAAGCUGAGGAUGCCAGGGCCGAGGAGAAGUCUGAGAUCACCACAUCCUCGGAGCCCCCGGCACCCCCACCGGUCCCCGAGGUGGACGAGACCCACCCAGAGGUCAUCACGAUGGUGGAGGCUGCCAUGAAGCUGGCCGAGGAGCAUCAGAUCAGCCUGCCCCCGGAGGUGUACAUCGAGGUCCUAGAGACGGCCAUCAAGGACGCCGAGAAAGAGCUGAGGGAGAAGGGCCCAGAGGGACCCAUACAUGGUGGCUGGAUUCUGGAUAACUUCCCAAAGACCAGAGAUCAGAUGAACAUGUGUAUAGAGAAGAAUGUGCUGCCUGAUGACGUCAUAGUGUUACAGGACAAGGAGAACAGCGAGUUCCUGUUACAGCGCUACUACCACAUGAACAAGGAGGAGAUCGAUGCCAAAAUCCAGGCACGUAAGGAGGAAGAGGAGCGUAAGAAGAGGGCCAUUGAGGAGGAGAGGAGGAGGAUUGAGGAAGAGGAGAGAAAAGCAGCAGAAGAGGCUGCGAGGAAGGCAGCUGAGGAGGAGAGACUGAGGAAACUGGCUGAAGAGGAGGGAGAGGAAGGAGCAGGUGGGGAGACAGCUGAAGAGGGUGAGGAAGAGGAAGAGGUUGAGGAGAAGACUGAGGAAGCAGAGAAGGAGGAGGCAGCAGAGCCUGCCAAAGAUACAAGCUCCCCCUCUCCAUCGCCGUCGUCAGCCUCAGAGGAAGAAGAAUUGAAGUCGGAGGUUGAGGAAACCAAGACCAUUGAGCCAGCCCCCUCCUCCACCGGUGAUGAAGAGGGGUCAAAGGCCGGGGUCAGGAUACAGGAGGAUGAAAAUAAACUUCCAACUGGACCAGAAAUGGAGGAGUUUAAGGAGAAGAAGAAGGAGUUUGACCGAGAGUUCCAGAACGUGCUUGGUGCCAUCGCCGGGGGAAGCAGCAUCGAGCCGAUUACCAUUGAGUUUGAAGACAAGGCUGUGGAGGAAGUGUUCAAGGAGUCCAUAGAGAACAUUGAGAAGCCUUUCCUGUACUCUGGCUGGGAGUACCAGGGUGCUGAUGUGGAUGAGGAGGAGGAAGACAUGGAAGCUGAUGCUGCAGCAGCCGAAGAAGAGGAGGAAGAAGGAGGUGAAGAGGAGGAAGACCCCAACAGGAAUAAGAAAAAGCCUCUUGGAGACACCAACCACUUCUGUCCGGUGGCCCUCAAGGAGAACUUUGUCCUUUACCCCGGGAAUCCUGAGGUUGCGUCCAGGUACAGAGAGAAGGUGUACUACUUCUCCACGACAGAGGCGCGGGAAAAGUUCCUGACCAAUCCCACCGAGUUCCUCCCCAAACACUCCCCACUGGAUCCCCCUCCAGUGCGCUUGUUGAUCCUGGGAGCAAGAGGUGCCGGUAAGACCCUCCAUGGCAGACAGCUGGCCAAGAAGCUGGGUCUGUUCCACAUCUCAUUCAAAGACAGGCUUCAGGAGCUGAUCAUCGCCAAAACCAGGAAGAAGAUCGGACCAGAGUACGAGGAAGACAACCAAGAAGAACCAGAGGAACCAGAAGAGGAUGAAGAUGAGGCUGCUAUCACUGACCCUGAUGGUAACCCAGUGGAGAAACCCGCUGAGCCCUCUGAGAGUAAAGAAGGGGGAGAGGAGGAGAAAGAGGAGGAGGAAGUGGAGUAUACAGAGGAGGAGGAGGCCAUCAAGUCCAACCUGGAGUCGGACGAACCUCUCCCUGCUGAGGUACUGGACACAAUCCUCCCCGCCUGGUGGAACAAAGAACCAUUCAAGUCAACAGGUUUUAUUCUGGAGGGAUUCCCCAGAACCAGUGAGGAGGCUAAAUACAUGGCAGAAAUGGGUCUGUUCCCAGACGCAGCCCUCAUCCUUAAUGUGGAGGAUAGUGAUGUCAUCGCGCGCCUUCUGCCUCCAAAACUAGAUAAAUGGAGAGUGAAGAGAGACAAGAGGUUGGAGAAGAAACGCAAGAAGAAGGAAAAGGCCCAGAAGAAAAGGGAAGCAGCAAUUCAGAAGAGGAGAGAGGAGCUCUUGAAAGAACAGGAAGAGCGAAGGAAGGAGAGGGCCGCAGAGAAGGCUGCUGCAAGGGAGGAUGGUGAGGAUGAAGAAGCAGAGGAGGAAGAGGAAGAAGCAGAAGAGGAAGAGGAGGAGGUAGACAUUGAGGCUCAGCUGGCUGAGGAGUUUGAGGAGGAAGAGGAGGAAGAAGAAGAGGAAGAAGAGCAGGAGGAAGAUGCCACAGACAGGAUGAGGAAUGACCUCAAUGAGGUGUACGACAAUGACACCAACAAACUCGCCGCUGUUCAGGAAACUCUGGAGGAAAUCUCGGUGCCGCGGGUCACUGUGGAGGGAGGCAGGAAGCCCCACAUUGUGAGGUACACUAUGUCUAAAGGCCUAAAGCCGUUCAUUGAGUUCAGACACAGCAUGUUUGAGCGAGUCUACCCUAUCAGUGAGAGGCUGGCCAAUAAGAUGCUUCAGACCGGAUACAAACAGCCCAGCAAGUUCGGCAGGUGGUGUCCUGUUAAGCUUUAUGAUGGAGAUGUGAUUCAGCCAAUGAAUGGUCUCGGAUAUAGUACAUACCCCUGUAUCUAUCGGCAACACAUCUACUUCCUGUCCACCCCCCAGGCCAGAGAGGAAUUCUCUAAGAACCCCAUGUUGUAUCUGACCCAGAACAUCUCCAGACCUGUGGUCCCCAUCAGACUGAGCAUCGUUGGACCUCCAAAGUCCGGCAAAACAGCAUUGGCCAACAGGUUUGUGAGUGAGUACGGCCUGGUUCGACUGUCCAUCGGUGAGGCCAUGAGGAGGGUGCUAAUGGAGCAGCCCAAGACUGACCUGGCCAAGGCCAUCACCAAGCACCUGAUCAAGGGACUGACGGUGCCGGACGAGCUGGCCGUGCAGGCGCUGGACAUCUGUCUGAUGGACAUGAGGUGUCAGACCCGAGGGUACGUGUUGGACGGCUACCCUCAGACCAAGAAGCAGGUGGAGCUGAUGACCCAGUGUAACAUCAUUCCGGUCCGGGUCAUCGAGCUGGUGAUGGACAGCAAGGAGGUGAUGGUACGGGGGAUGAAGGACCGCAUCUCUCCCUCAAGAACUCUUCCAUUACACGACAGUUCCCAGAUUCUGGCGGUGAAGCUGGCGGCAUAUAAUAAGGAAGUCGGCGCAGUCAAGGAGUGGUACAAGAAGGAACACAUGAACCACGAGCUGGUCAGCGGCGAGCGCUCCAAGUGGUGGGUGUGGAACGCCGCCCUCGACAUCUCCAAGAAAAGCGUGUCACAGAUACAGACCUAUCUCAAGAGGAUCGCAGAUGGUCAAGCGGCGUCCAUUGCUGACAUGUGCAUCACCCCUGACGAGUUCCUGCAGCGUGUGGGAGACUUUGGACAGUACUGUCCAGUCAGUCUGGCCGAUAAGAACGAGCUCAUUGACUGCUCCACCAAUGUCACCCUCAAGUUUGCCGCCGAGUUCAGAGGACAUUAUUAUAAAAUGGCUGACCAAAAAGCCUUGGAGCUGUUCUUGUCCGACCCAGAGAGAUAUGUCCCCCCUCUGGCCCCCAACAAGCUCCCUGCCCCUGAGCUUCUCCCCGUCCGACAUGUUCCGGCUGAGGUGAAGGCCUCCCAGGAGAUAGAGCUGCUGGGGUACUGCCCGGUCACCUUCCUGGACGGACACUGCAGAUAUGAGGCAAUUGUCCCUGGACAUGCUGAAUUCAUCGCUGAAUACAGAGGAAAAUUUUUCUAUUGUGAAUCUGAAGAGAAGCUUUUGAAGUUCAUGAAGACCCCUGAAAAGUACUUUGACUUGAAGUUGCCCCACAAGCUGCCCCCGGCCAAGGAGCCCCUCCCCACUACAGGCCUACCCAUGCUGGGCUACAUGGAGCAGUCGUGUGCCACCGCGCUGGUCAAGGCCCUCACCGCCUGUGGUAACUUCAAGCCCAAAUACCCCUUCCUCAGCUCCAGUCGCUCCGCCCUCAUGUAUGUCGCCUAUCAUCUCAAAGCCUACAACCCUAAGAGUUCAGACUAUGUUAGAAAGAAGUACAAACAAAAAUUGCAUAAAUUUGAGGAAACAUGUCAACUGAUCCGUUACCUUGGAGACAACAUGACAGUGAGGUACCGUGCUCCCAAUGAUCGUCCCGGCGACUUCGACAAUAAACUAGAAACAUUCUUUGCUCUUCGCGGAAUAGAACCAACAAAAACAUGGAUGGUGUGAUCCGCUAGAUAUAUUGAAGCUUUACUGAUGUUUUUUGUGAUACAAAGAGUUCAUCUGAAUUGUAAUAGUGCAUUGGCUAAAAUUAAGGUGCUCCGUUUGUAAUUCUGUAACAAGAGUUGUCUACCUUUGAUAACAGCUGACAACACACUCAACUUUGCACCAUUAAAAGCAGUCAAACUAAAUUUUUUAUAACCAUCAAAUUCAAACUUUGUAGAUAUGUAUACCUGUUGAUACAUAUUCCGGCCUUAUAUUUGUGACAAGGUUUUGUAGAGACAAAUCUUGUAUUGCCCUUUAUUUAUACUCUGUAAAUCUUGUGUUGCCCUUUAUUUUUACUCUGUAUGACUGUCAUUGUCUGUGAUAUGGAAUUGUCAUUGUUUUUAUAUGUCUAUGUAUUGUUUAUCAAGUGUAAAGAGGGAAACAAAAUUAUGUUGACAGAAGUGAAUUGUACAGGUUAUGGAUCCGUCCAAUAAAAAUGUCCUAUG